CAGCGCGCCCCCGAGCGUACGCAACGUCUGAACUACAGUUGUAGUCUUGAACAUGUUAUGGAAAUUAAUAAGGCAAUGCGAUACAUUUUUGUCACGGACGACGAUGAAAAAAGUCGCGAAAACAAGUUUAUUUAUGCACGUGCAUUGACGUGAUUAACUUUUGGCUGGUUUUGAAGGAAGCGAGUUUAUGGGUUCCGGUGACGAAUUGGCUUUCACUGUCAGGAAACUCGCUGCGCUAAAGGUUCAUUCUAGCAUCUGCCGUUCUUCAUCUUGACGAGAUUUAUUUCGCUUUACGGUCUAUUCUCUCUCAUAAUGUCACCCGUAUAACUUCAGCGGCCUUUGGGAAGCAUAUUUUCGACGAGUUUCAACUUCCAUGUCACAGACAUAAACGGAAAGCGGAAUUUGUUCUCGAAGUUCAAGUAGCGCUGGCUGUAAUGCGCACCAUUUCUUUUGUCCACAACAUCUGCAGUGGGAUUUAUGUGUUGUUCUCCUAACAUAUAUAUUUUUUCGACUUCGCCUCGAUAAAGUGGAUACACGAAUGAGUUUUUCAAAGUCACAUGCCUUCAUUCAAAACUUUUUGUCGCAUUAUAAUGCGGAGAUGUUGCAUGCAUCGAGCUGACGGCUUGUUUUCUUUUUCAUGUGGUUGUACAAACGUAUUACCCACAUGUGUUGGAUUAAUACACAUGUUCGGACAAAUGUUGAGCCACUUUUUACUCAGAAAGUGAAAACGACACGUUCAUCCAGUGAACUGGCCAGACACACCGACGGAGGAAAAAAAAGAUGCAUACUUAGCAGGAAAAGAAGCCAUCAAAAUGACGGAAAUCGCUUCGUCCUUUUCCUCUCGUCUGCAUUUACAAAUGGAUUUCAUCAAAGAAAUUCGCUUACAUUAGUGUUGACUUUUUGCAGUUUUCUUGGCAUAUUUAUUUCAUACUUUUUCGUACGAUAGUUAUGUUGUCUACGCAAAUCUAUAAUGAUCGAGCCAAUGACGUUUACCCUUUAUGAACUAUUAGACAAUGUUUUCUUUGUCGCUUCAUGAACUACCGCAUUAUAUACUGUUACUUUAACUCUCAGAAUAUACAGGUGAUUUUGUGUUUAAGAGGCAUCUCCCUGGUUUAAGAAGUAAACCAUCUCUUUAUACCCAUCUGGAGAUCAAAUUCACGGAUGAAAUGGGAGACCCUCGGGUGUCCGCGCACCUGGAGGCGCUUCAGCGAUGACAGCAGCACGUCAACAUCGCCCCGCAGGUGGAAGGACUGGAUACUUGUUGAUCGUCACAUUUUAUUAACUGUGAUUAUAGCGAUAAAGUAAUCGUAUCGAGAUUUCGAGGGAAGACUCACCUGUGUGGAGGCAGAAGACUUGUCACCUGUACUUCACCCACAGCUCAGGCCAUUGAUGGGUGACACAAGAGGACAGUGUGUUUGAGGACCUCAGAACAAGAGCAGACACCUUCAAACAGCCAAAAUGAAUGAGAGACAGGCUCUCCAUUCAAUUAUGAAGGAUCUGGUGGCCCUGCAGAUGACCAGGCGCCAGCCUUCGGCGCCCUACGACACGGCAAAACCCAAACCUGUCAGCAAUGCCAGCUCUUCCAAAAGAAUGGAUGAUGUCAGAAUUAAGUUUGAAUUCUGUGGAGAAAGAAGGAUUCUGAUGUUCGGGCGGCCUGUGCAGUUUGAGGAAAUCCAGCAGAAAGUCAAAACAUACUUCGGUCAGCAGUUAGACCUGCAUUAUAUGAAUAAUGAGCUCUCGAUCCCCCUGCGCAGUCAGGAUGACUUGGAUAAAGCCAUUGAUCUGUUGGACCGCAGCUCAAACAUGAAGAGCAUUAAGAUCAUGCUGUUGACACAGGAACAAAGCAAUGCCUCUGCUCCAUCUCAACACACAGCGUGUAAGCAGGUUCGCAUUAAAACCUCGCAGUCCACAGGCGAUGUCAGUACGGCGUACCAGUCCUCAGAACCCAGAGGACGCCACCACUCCACCAGCUCUCAGAACACUGGCCGAAGUUCUCCGCCCCCUGGUUACGUUCCUGAGCGCCAACAGAGAAUUGCACGUCAGGGAUCAUACACCAGUAUCAAUAGCGAGGGGGAGUUCAUACCGGAAACCAGCGACCAGUGUGUACUGGAUCCCUGGAGCAGUGCAGAAAACUCUGUGUCUGGCAGCUGUCAAUCUCUGGAUAGCAACUCUGACAGCCCCUCACUCAGGAAACCUCGUUCGCACAGGGUUAAGAGUUACCCUGACAACCGGCAGGACUGUGCAGACCGGGAAAACCAUGUUUAUGAUAAGAUUGUGGGGAAGGGAGGGACAUACCCCCGGAGGUAUCACGUGUCCCUUCAUCAUAAAGACCACAGUGAAGGUCGGCGGACAUUUCCUCGGAUCCGUCGUCCUCAUGGUAACUUGUUCACCUUGGUGCCGUCAAGGCGAUCGCUGAACGGCAGUGAGGAGAGUGUGGGAAGCUGGCAGUUGGUUGAUGCUCAAGCCAGACUCCGCCCACAGGACCGCCCAGUCCCUCUUAAGUCCCCUACAGCUCCAAUGACGUGGCGCAGAGGGAAGCUGCUAGGUCAGGGGGCUUUUGGGAGGGUGUAUCUAUGCUAUGAUGUGGACACAGGGAGAGAACUGGCAGCAAAACAGGUUCAUUUUGACCCUGCCAGUCCAGAGACAAGCAAGGAGGUGAGCGCGUUGGAGUGUGAGAUACAGCUGUUGAAGAACCUGCACCAUGAGCGAAUAGUCCAGUACUACGGUUGCCUUAGAGACCACAAUGAGAAAACUCUGACUAUUUUUAUGGAGUAUAUGCCGGGGGGCUCAGUCAAAGACCAGCUGAAGGCCUAUGGGGCUUUGACAGAAAAUGUGACGCGUAAAUACACCAGACAGAUCCUGGAGGGCAUGUCCUACCUGCACAGCAACAUGAUAGUCCACAGGGACAUUAAAGGUGCCAACAUCCUGCGGGACUCAGCGGGUAACGUGAAGCUGGGAGAUUUUGGCGCCAGUAAGCGCCUUCAAACCAUUUGCAUGUCCAGCACUGGGGUCCGUUCUGUUACCGGGACGCCAUACUGGAUGAGCCCGGAGGUCAUUAGUGGAGAGGGGUACGGUCGGAAGGCUGACGUCUGGAGUCUCGGCUGCACGGUGGUGGAGAUGUUGACGGAAAAGCCGCCGUGGGCUGAAUACGAGGCAAUGGCAGCCAUAUUUAAAAUCGCAACUCAGCCCACCAACCCCCAGCUUCCCUCUCACAUCUCUGAACACACACGCGACUUCAUCCGCUGCAUCUUCGUGGAGGCCAAGUACCGACCAAGCGCAGAAGAGCUGCUCAGACAUCCCAUCUCCCAGAUAUUGUGCUGAGGAGUACAUCAAGCUGCCUCCACGAGUUAAAGACUCAGAGGAAUGAGGAUCCCUCCUAAGGACUCAAGCCAUGAUAAGAUGAGGAUCAAAGGAAUCUACUUUUCCAGAGCAUGUGGUGUGUUUGCACCCAAUCAGCUGCUUCCAGGAUGAGGUCACAAAAGUUUUUCCUGUUACGAUGUCUGCAACAGCAGGGGGCACUACAGGAUGGCUCUGUGUUGCAACAUGAAUUUCAAGGAAUAAACAGAUUGAUGGUAUCACUUAACAGUAGAAAAAACAAAUAUGAUACUGUUUGGAAAUGGACAUUGGAGCUGCUUUAAACUGCACUCUUUAUUGCAAUAACUGCCAAAUUUGCCUUUUAAAGUUUUAUCUCAAUGACCCUGGAAUGAGUGUUUAAAGCAGACAGCUUUGGUCCUGGAAGGUUAGUUUCUAAUAAAUCACACUGACAGCUGCUUGUAAUUCAUAUAAAGUGAUACUGGAGGUAUUGUUGGGGAUUAACCCGUGCAGGGCAGUGACUCUUCAGAGUCGAAUUGCCCUGUUUGGCACUGUCCUUACCAAAAGAAUGAUGUUAUUACACCCUAUUUCCUCUUUAUACAGAAGUUGCAGCCAUCAUCCCUGUGGUCUUGUUGUUUAAGUCUCUGUGAUUCCAGCCAUUUAGUGUUACAGGAAACCUAAUAAUUGUGUCUUGGUCAUAUGGAAGGUCAUAUGCAAGUCAGUGCAUUUUUUGCACUGGAAUUUAUAAAUGUUUGGACUUUGGAUUGCUUGAGGGUAAAUUGCUUAUCACAGAAUUUUACUUCUUCGGUAAGUCCCUCGGUUUUAGUCCGUUACAGAAUGCAGCUAACUGAAGUGUUCUGACCUCAUUUCAGACGCAGAUGUCUGAUGUGUUAUAUUGUUAAAGUGAAUAAGUUUAUACCAUUAAUGUGCCUUGUGUUGCAGUAUGGCCUCCUUUCCUGUAGAGGGCAGCAGUAAAGUACUUACGAUGCAGCUAUUUUCACUAAUAAUAUUCUCUUGAAGAGAUUCCCAUGGGGAAGAAAUGUUAAAUUGGGAAUCUUGUAAGGUAUUUUGUAGUUGAACUGAUUAUUUUCUGGGUGGUGAGAUGUUGAGAGCAUAUUUGGAUGUAUAUUAGUUUUCUCUCCAACCCAGCCAAAGGAAACGUCUAUAUUAAGUGUUGUGCCUUAAGCAUUAGUAUGGCAGUAUAUUAGACUCAUUUGGAUCAAAUGCACUUUUGUUAAAUGAAUGUUGAAUAUGCCAAACCUUCUAAUUUGUUACACAGAAUGUGAAGCUUUUCACUUAUUUAUAUCCCUAUGUCCGGUCAUUUUUAUGUAUGAAUAUAUAUGUGUAUAAAUCUAUUUUUGUAUUGUGACUCCAGACCAUUUGAAAUCGAAUUGUGCUUUAGAAACAGAAGAUGAGUCACACAACAUUGUUAGAAACAAAAUAAUUGUAAAAGCAGCUGGUUUUGCAUAGACUACAACAUGAUUUUACAUGUGCUUAUUUCUGGCUGGAAAAUGAGCUCUGCCGAUUUAUUUUAGUGCCUGAUCUGUGCAAGUCAAGAUUCUUGUGUUUGUGUGUGUCUAUUUCUGAUUCUGUAUCUGCUUUUCACCCAAAGAAAAUAGCGAAAUCUGAAGCAAACAGGACUUGAUGCAAGUUUUAGUGCAUCAUUCUAAAAUACAUACACACAUAUAUUCACAAUGGCUGCCACUUAAGAAUGACUUGCACAGACUUUUUGUCUGUUAUUCAAAGUUUUAGUAUAUGAAAGAACUUAAGAAGAGGUGUAAAAGAAAAGGUGUAGAAUGAGAUUAAUGAUGGUAUUAUGCAUGUAUUUCAGAAUUGUCAGAAUGUGGUAGUGUACUUAUAUGGAAUGUGAAUGAAAGGUAUUGCUCAAGUGAAAGGGUGGGUUGAUGCCAGGGAGUGAAUUUCCACUCAGUAUGACGACUUUGUUUAGCUUAGGGUUUGAAAUGUGUGCAUUGUAUCAACACUCCAACAUUGACCGCUGGACAAUUUUUAUUGUUCUUUGAAAAGUAUUUUUGUCUCUGAAACAGGAACGAUCAAAACAUUAAAUGGCUGCUAGUUUUAAGGCAGCUAGAAAUCAGUAUUGUACAAAACAUCCAGUCUCAGAGAAAUGUCACAGUUGGUAUAGUUCAGAACCCUGGGAUAAGCAAAAGAACCAAUAGAUAGAUAUACAGUAUAUGUUUAUGGUUAUGUAUCUUGACGUGAGACUUGCAGUGCAAAGUCCAGUGUAUCGAUUGUUUUCAAAUAAAAUAAUAUGCACAAUAA